AGAUUGGCCUCGUGUCCGCCACCGGCCUUUAUAUUGACGCUCGCACCUACAGCACUCAAUAUCGCACAAGACAGCGCACGUUGGAUGAGACGACUACUUGCCGGUGGGAGAAGAAAAAACUAUCAGCUGCUUCGUCCGACCCAUAUAUAGACAUCUCCAAUCCCGAGCCAUGAAUUACCGGUCGUGGUGCAUACUGGUUGCUGCUGUCUUGGGCACCCUGGCCACUGCCAAGUGUGCCAGCCUGGAAGACGCUGCGCUGCGACUGAAGGAUUUAACUUCGAGCGGAGGACUCGCCGGUUUGGGCUCCAGCAAUGGCGCUACCCAACACGCAGAAAGAAAAGAGUUCCGCAACUACACGUCGGAUAACCGCGAAAUGAUCUGCAGGCCGCUGGAAGGCGGCGGCUUUGAGUGCAAGUACACGGAGACCACCUCCAACUUCUCCCUGUCCUGGACUCCUGGAGCCAUCGCCGGCCUUGUGGUGGGACUGAUCGCGCUUCUCGUCUGCGUGACCGUAUGCUGCGUCUUCGGCUGCCGGGGAGUGUGCGGAAGGAGAAACACGCCAAACACGACGGUGGCAUACCAAACACCGCACCAGGUGACCAUGGGACCGGCGACCCAGUCCUUUCCCCAAGGUGCUUACCCUAAACAGUAGCCCUGAUCAUUGUCUUUCGCUUUGAGAACAACCCCAAAGCAACCGAGCCAGCGGAUUCGUCGACCGGCUACAUCCUCAACGGCGCCACCGCCGACAAGUCGUAUGAGUCUGAAAAGAAAGAAUAAGAACUUGUGUAUAACUGCGGGAAACAUCUGUGCUAUACGCCAUUUAUAUAAAUGCACAACACAGCGCUUUUCAUAUCCACUGCCCGAUAAGCGCAAGUUUGUCCCUUUGUACAAAGAGUACCUCUUGCGUGUGCCCUUUGUCCUAUCUCGUCUGUGUCGUCCUCUCUAUGUUUUAUUCUUUCUGUUAUCUAGCACCUCUUGUGUUCUACAUUUCUUCCAUAUAAAUUAAUUUAAUAAAAAGCACUAAUGUGCAUUUAAGUGACCUUUCGUUAUAAAAUUACCCGAUUAUUUGACAAGAAAAGAAAAACGCAUUUGAAUGCCGUAAUAGACCAUAUUCAAAACUCCAUCGAGCAACAUUGGCGGGGUUCUUUUCUUGGGAGCACGAAGACUGUGUUUGAAACCGAGUUUCCGCCGAAGGCUGACGCCGCACUCGUUCUCAAAACGAGCUGAGACGACUUCACGCCGUACGCUGACGCGACCCUUAAGGUUCAAUGCAUGCUCAGAUUGCGUGUCCAAACAAUGACAGAUUCAGGUAAUUGGCACUGCAGCUACGAGAUGGCAUGCACGUUUGGAAAGGGUUUAUUGGAGGGCAUUGGCGGCGAGUAUCAAGAGCUUUAUCGCAAUCUCGUCAGGAGAAAAAGAGUUGUUUGGGUACGGCAGCAUAUAUAUAUUUUUUUAAUUAUUAUUAUGUUUCAUAGGGGUCAUUAAGGGAAGUUGUAAAAUGUAAAAUGUUUCCACGGCAAAAAAAAAAAAAAAAGGUCAUUAAUAAGUGUGCCGAGCAAAGAAACGGCUUACUGAGGCUCCGGUGUUUAUUGUUUACUGUGUUUUCAGUAAUCUGUCAGAGUAAAGUCGUCUCUAUAUAGUGCAUCACCUUUAUGUCGUUUCAACCAUUCGCGCGGUAUUUAUAGUCAUCAUUGUUUACCAUGCACACACUGUAUGUUUUUGAUGUUAUAAGUUGUUCUCAGGUAUGCAGGUUCUACAAUGUACCAAUAAAACCCCAUUCGUCACUUA